AUGGAUUUCGAAAAGGAUAUCAAAAAGGAUAUCGAAAAGGAUUCAUUUAGCUCAGCCAGUAGUUUUACGGAUGAAAAAGCAACUCCAGGUCCUGUAGUCGCUCCCAAAUUCUGUUUUAGCCGACUAGCUCUACGCUUAUUUCCAAAGAGUCGAAGCGGUUCUAGUAAGAGCAAUUGUUUCGCUGGUUUCAAUGCCAAUGGCUCAUCCCAAUCUCUUCCGAAUAGGCUGGCUACUUCGAAAGGUGUCCAAGAGAAAGAAUCAGGAGCUGCUAGUGUGACAGUUGGCCUCAUAUUUUCCGACUUUCCGAGCAUAGCCCCUUUCAAGGAUCAUUAUGCAAUUAAGACGACGAGCAAUACACAUUUGAUACUCGAAAAGGAUUGGGUUCAUGGGCAAGCAAAACCACUACUUGACAUUGUAUUUGGCAAGGAUUCGUUCCAGGACAACAGUGCAUAUCCCGCAGCAAUCCUUCCCGACUACGAUCUCACUGUUUUGGCAAUGUUUGUCCAGUGGAUUAACGAUUGCGCCCAUAGAUCCAUGAAUACUCAUCAUAUGUUCAAGGAGAGAGUUUGCACACGCCAAGAGAGAGUUCAAACUAUUGAUAUCAUCAUGGAGAUUCUUUUCUUUGCAGAACAGUACGCUCUCCAUGAGUUUCAAGAUGACAUCCUUGAAGUACUUAUCAGCUCAUGCAAGGAGGACAAUUUGCCACUAGAUGUUUCCCAUGCUUACAAUUGUCACGAACGUACCACGCCAAAUUCAAAGACACGUGCCUUCUUCAUUGAUCUCGUUGCUUUCAUCAUCCAAGAAAUCGAUACUUCAAGAAACGGGAAGAAAAAGAAGGCAACUUUGAACUGUGACCUUUCAUCCAACAAUAAAAAAACUCUCGUUAAGCUGAUUCAAUUGCUUGAAGGCAGCAAGAUUCGAUCUUCACGUGGAAAGCUUUCUGACCCUCGGGAUGCUCCAGUUUGUGUUUACCAUUACCACGGCGAUAAAGAAGAGUGCCCUCACAAAGCCCUCUGA